AUGAGUGAGGCGACAACCAUCCCUCCAGGAUCUCGUCGUAGCCCUCCCUUCGCUCCUGCUGCUCCCACCAGAUCUGGAAAGAUCGAGGUGUCCUUCUGCAGUCCACGUGCUCAGAUAUGGAAAGAUCGACCCUCUGCUUCAGCUCUUCGACAACGAAUCGACUGCGACGCAUCCUUGGAAGGCGAGGUCACGAAUUGGGUCGAAUGA